AUGUCUGAUAAUGAAUCGGAUCAGUCGGUAGACAGUGCUUAUAUAGACACUCUCAAAUCACAAAUCGCAGAAAAGAAAGAAUUACUACAAGUAGCAAAAGAACUACUUCAGAAGACUUCGAAUAAAAAGCAGGAAAAUGACCCCAGAGAUGAAAUAUUGUCGUUAAUUGAGGUUCUCAAGAGGCUUCCGUACAACCCUGCGAGAAAUGAUGUUGUUGAUGUUUCGUUGGCCAAGGCACAACUUACGAGUGAGAAUGAAAGUUUAGACAGAUUGAUAAAGCAACUCAAGGAUGCAAAUUCGAACGAUCUAGAAGGACAGGAGGAUAUUCAUAGGAAGCUUUUGGUGCUUUAUGAUAGGUUGGAUAAGUUUCUUGACAAAGAUCUGAGCGAAAAGGAGAGAAAAAGAACGGAGUUGCUAGAGUUAAGGCAAGAUGAUAAAACCAUGGAUGACUACGUGGAGGAGAAGUAUACAACUCUUGAAGAGCACAUUCAGAAUCUUCGAACCCGGUCACUCAAAUUGACGGAAUUUACGAGAAUCUUGGUGGACGAAUACAUAUUAAAAAACGAGCUACCAGUUUUUGAGUCGGAUGAACAACUCCAGCAUAAGAAGCGGAAGUUUCUCCAGCUUCUUGAAUUACUACUUAACAACAAGCUCAUGUCUCCUGAAAAUGGACGUGAAAAAACUGUUUUGGUUGCAAGUAAGGAUGAUCCGUUGAUUAGAUACUUGCUUGUGAACAAUAUUGCUACUGUGGAUCGGCUGGAUAGUAAUCGAAUAAGGUUGAUGAUGUGA